AUGUCGACGGUUAAUGUCUUGAGGUACUCUGCGUUGGGUUUGGGACUGUUUUUUGGUUUUAGAAACGAUAUGAUUUUGAAGUGUAACGCUAAGAAGAAAGAGGAACAAGCACAAUACGAUGAAAAAUUGAAGUUAGUAGAGGAAGCAAAGAAGGAAUACGCCAAGUUGCAGCCUGCAGCAACUCUUAAGGACACACCUGCUACUACUGCGGUCAAUUUGGAAGAUCCUAACAUUGAUUUCGAAAAAGUUAUUCUUAACGCCGUUGAUUCCUUGAAAGAAACUUCCACAUGA